AUGAAGGAAGAUCGCCCUUUGGGCCUGCGUUCCGACGCGGAGUUCGCGGCGGCGGUGCGGGAGCUGGUGAACAAGUGCCGCGAGAGCACAAGUCCGAAAGAACUGCUAGAAAGCUGCGAAAGUCUGUUUCGUCUGCUGCGGGACAAAAAAAUAGAACUGGAAGUGCCUUAUAUUCCCUCAGAACUGCAGCAGCAGCAGCAGCAGCAGCAGCAGCAGCAGCAGCAGCCGGCAUUUGCGCAGUGGCUGCAGCAGUCAUUUCACGUUUUCGUGGCGAUUGUGUUCGAGUUGGUCGAAUCCAGCGAAGCUCCCCUCCAAAAGUUGGGACUUUCUUAUUUAUUUCGAAUUUUAAAACACGAAUCUGAAGUUCACAAGUCUUCAGCUUUCCCUCUUGCAACUUUUCAAGUUUUCGCCGCCCGCCUGCUGCAGGCCAACGCCUUCCCCGGCUACUUGCAAGACUUGCUGCUGAAGGAAUAUCUCCACAAGUACCUGGACCUUCGCUACUACACGCUGGUGGUCAUUUUGAAGAUCCUCAGGGAGUUCGUUGCGGAAAAGCACCAGCAGCAAACCCCAGCAGCAGCAGCAGCAGCAGCAGCAGCAGCAGCAGCAGAGGCGGGGCAGCAGGAAGCAGCAGGCAAGGAGUGGUUCAGGUGGCACAGGGGAGAGCGGGAGCUCAGCAGCAGACUGACUUCGCUGCUGCUGCAGAUUUCCGACAUAAUUGCUGCAGGGCCCCGGGGCGGGAGGCGCGGGGGGCCCCCCGGGGCCCCCGGGGGCCCCCCGGGGGCCCCCGGGGGGGGGGGCCCCCGGGGGGCCCCCAAGACAGCGCCAGCGAAGCCUCGGAAAGCGAAGACGAAAAGAAGUGGAGAAGAAGCAGCAGCAGCAGCAGCAGCAGCAGCAGCAGCAACUUGGAUAAAAGGCCUUGCUGCUGCGAAGGCCGUGGAGCCGGGCAGCCACAGGCUGGCGCUUCAAAACGCGUGGCUGCUGCUGCUGCUGCAGGUGCAGCACAGCAAGGCGCUGCUGCAGCAGCUGCUGGCAGCAGUGCCGCGGCGGGUGCUGCCGCUGCUGUCGAGUCCGCUGCUGCUGUCGGACUUCUUCUUAAAAGCUGCAGAGUCCAGUCAUUUGUCUUUGCGGAUUUCCGCGUUGUCGGGCCUUUUUUAUUUGCUGACGAAGCACCGCCUGGGCAACCCGGAGCUGCUCUCUGCUGCUGCUGCUGCUGCUGCUGCUGCUGCUGCAGCAGACCAGGAAGCAGCAGCAGGGGCCCACUUGUACCAGCAGCUCUAUAGGCUGCUCACUCCUGCUGCUCUUUGCCCGCGGCUGCGGGGCCGCUUCUUGCGGCUGCUGCACUUGGCCUUGAGAAGUGAUUUGCUGCCAACUUGUUUAGUUGCUGCUUUCAUCAAAAAGUGCUGCAGAGUUGCAUGCGUUGCUGCUCCUGCUGCAGCACUUUGUCUCCAGGCUUUUGCUGCUGCUCUCCUCCAGAAACACAGCAGCAUUUGCAGGCCUUUGCUGCUGCUGCCGCCCCACGUUGCUGCCAGCCUGCGGGUCUCUGGGGACAGCUUCGACUACAGCAACUGCCAAGUCCGGGGGCCCCGGGGGGCCCCCAGGGGCCCCCUGGGGGCCCCCCGGGGGGCCCCCUCGUGGGGGGCCCCCCCGGCGGGGGCCCCCGGGGGGCCCCCGGGGGGCCCCCCGGCGUCCUCCGAGGACGAGGAAGAGGCCCCGGGGGAGGCCGGCAACGAGAAAAGCGCCUUGUGCAAGUUGGUGAAGAAGUGUUUGCCGAAAAGUCUGGAAAUUCGAAAAGAAGAAGUGCCGCCUCUGGCGCGGAGACAGGCGAAAAUGUCUUUGUGGGAAGUGGAGCUUUUGAACAAGCACGCUGUGGUGUCUGUACAGCAGAUGGGCAGCCUCUUCCUCACCGACUUCGCAAACCCCGCCGCCAGAAAAGUCCAACUCGAGGACUUUUUGGAGAUCACCACGGGCUCUUUGCUAUCUCGCGAGUUGAAGUUCAUUAAUAAACCUUCGAGUGAAGUAACUUUGGCGAACUUCGCGGGAAAUCCGGCGAAAAUUCCAAUUCCAGUUGAUGUGCCCAACUUGCAUGCAGCCAGCAUGAACAUCGCGAAGUUCUGCCGCUGCUGA